UAAGAGAUAACUGAGCACUGUAACGCUACUUUACUGAAUUUUUACCUAUCUGACGCCGUGAAAUCCCGAUAAAGCUCAGUAUUUUCAACUUGCCAUCUCUCACUCGUCGCCACGUGUGAGAAAAAGUGUUUAUUAGUUAUUCAGUGUCCCUCUGUGAGGCGAGGAAAGCGACGGGAGCCAAGUGGAAGAAGAAUCGCUUUUAGCCAGUCAUUGCCAUGGCCUCCGAGAGCGGCGAUAACAACAUGGAUAGAGAGAUGAUUCUGGCUGACUUUCAGGCUUGCACUGGAAUUGACAACAUUGCAGAGGCAAUCACUCUGUUAGAGCUUAAUAACUGGGAUUUAGUGGCAGCCAUCAAUGGAGUGAUACCACAGGAGAAUGGGAUCUUGCAGAGUAACUUUUCCAGUGAGGCGAGCCAGGCCAGCAUGUACGGACCUCCAAGCCAAUCAGAAGCAGCCGAUGCAGCAGCAGGAGGCUCAAUUCCUCCCCCCUCCUCUUCGUCUUCGUCCUCCUCUCCUCCAUCAUCCUCGACUUCAGCUUUUUGCCCCGUCAACUCCUCCUCCUCCCGACACAUUGUAGAGCGUCAGUCCCGGAUGCUCAACUUCAAGGUGGAGUACCGACAGCGCACUGUAGAACUGGUGUUGGAGGAAAGCAGCACAGUCGGAGAAAUCAAACAAAUCCUCGAGACAGAGCUUGGGGUUCCAGUGUCCAAAAUGCAGCUGAAGGGAUGGAAGAGUGGAGAUGUAUCUGAUAGUACGGUGCUGAGAAGUUUACACCUGCCCAAGAACAUCAGCCUGUAUGUCCUGACCCCAGACAUUGCUCCUACUGCCAGUACCAGCACCAGCACCAGCACCAGCACCAGCACCAGCAAAAACAGUGCUCUCCCAGAGUCGCUAAAUCAGAACUUCCUGCUGGUUAUCAGUCACCAUGAGGCCCAGAGGGACUACAGCCUCAACUUCCCCGGCACCAAAACUAUACAGGAGGUGAAGAGGAACAUUUCAGACUUGACCAACAUCCCAGUCCGGCAUCAACAGUGGGAGGGAUGGCCUGCAUCAGCAUCUGAUGACUCUAUGACGCUAGCUGUCUCUGGGAUCAGCUAUCCUUGCCAUCAUCUCACUGUUUGUCGAAGGUCUUCACCAGCCAAUGCCCAGGAGCCCACAGAAGAGUGUGCAGAUGUCCAUAUGAUCAGCGACAGUGAGGGGGAUGAUUUUGAAGACGCGUCAGAGUUCGGUGUGGACGAUUCAGAGAUGUUUGGAAUGGGCUCCUCUACCUGUCGGAAAUCACCUAUGAUGCCAGAGAAUAGCGAGAAUGAAGCUGAUGCCUUACUGCACUUUACUGCCGAAUUUUCCUCAAGGUAUGGAGAGACCCACCCAAUGUUCUUCAUCGGGUCUUUGGAGGCAGCAUCUCAAGAGGCCUUCUAUGGCAAAGCCAGAGAUAGGAAGCUGCUGGCCAUCUACCUCCACAACGAUGACAGUGUCCUCAGCAACGUCUUUUGCUCCCAAAUGAUGUGUGCUGACUCCAUUGUCUCCUAUCUGAGCCAGAACUUCAUCACAUGGGCCUGGGACGUCACUAAAGAAGCUAACAAAGCCAGACUACUCACCAUGUGUACGAGGCACUUUGGCAGUGUAGUGACACAGACUAUACGGACAUACAAGACAGACCAGUUCCCCCUGCUCCUUAUAGUCAUGGGAAAACGCACAUCCAACGAAGUUCUAAAUGUUAUUCAAGGCAAUACUACAGUGGACGAGCUGAUGAUGAGGUUAAUGGGAGCAAUGGAGAUCUUCACAGCACAACAACAAGAGGACAUCAAAGAUGAGGACGAGCGUGAGGCAAGAGAGACGGUGAAGAGAGAACAAGACGAGGCAUACCGUUUGUCUCUAGAGGCUGACCGUAAGAAGAGAGAAACCCAAGAGAGAGAAGAGGCCGAGCAGGUUCGCCUGGAGCAGAUGAGAAAGGAGCAGGAGGAGGAGAAGGAGGCAAUCCGCUUGUCAUUGGAGCAGGCCCUACCGCCAGAGCCCGAAGAGGAGUCAGGAGAGCAAAUCAGCAAACUGCGAAUCCGCACACCAAGUGGCGAGUUUGUGGAAAGGCGUUUCCUGGGCAGCUGUAAGCUCCAGGUUCUCUUCGACUUUGUGGCCUCCAAGGGAUACCCCUUCGAAGAGUUCAAGCUCCUCACCACCUUCCCUCGUAGAAUUAUCACCCAGUUGGAUCCAGGGUCAACUCUGCUGGAGGCCAAGUUGUUUCCACAGGAAACGCUUUUUCUGGAGGCUAAAGAGUAGAAACUGGCCCUCUGAUAGCUGAGAGGACCAAGUGACUGACUGAUGAACUGGCUGGACACACACUAGUCACCGAGCAUGGCCCCCCCCCUCCUCUCCAGUCUGGGCCUACAAAACAUAAACACGCACGCACACACACAACACACACACACACACACACACACACACCAACACAGACACACCAACACACACAAAGACCACCCUCUCAGACGUACAUAAACACACUGGCAUGCACAUCCAGUGACACAAAAGUGCAAGUAAGCUUCUCUGCCCUCGGCCUGGUCGUGGUACAUGAAUGCCUAGUGUACACAUGUUGCACAGAGGAGCAAAGACAGUAUCACAAGCACACAGCCAAACAUUCAUCUAACCCUCUGUCUCUGUCUCUCUCUCUCUCUCUCUCUCUCUCUCUCUCUCUCUCUCUCUCUCUCUCUCUCUCUCUCUCUCUCUCUCUCUCUCUCUCUCUCUCUCUCUGUCUCUCUCUCUCUCUCUCAACCCCUCUCACUCUCUCUCUCAACCCCUCUCACACACUUCACAACUUCACGUUUCCAACUGCUGUGUCAUGGUUUUCCCCCUCACAACAUAAACACAACAUAGUGAGAUAACGGCAUUUGAGAGACUGACUAGACAAAUCUUUGUCACAGGAAAAAAAAAAAACAUGGACUUGUUCUCUCCCAAUUCCACAUUCAACACACCGAGGCUGCUUUUUUAGAACAUGGUUUUUGUGUUUGAAAUCAAAAAAUGCUUAAAAAAAUUAAAUAAAUAAAAUGAACAGCAAGAAGAGAUGUUGCCCUGCAGAAGUUUGGGGGCUGUCUCAUCUCCACCUGUAUUUACCCGACCUUUACCUUUCCAAAUUCCCCGUUCCAUCUCUCCCUCAACCUUCCCCUUCUCUUCCUCACCUUCCAGCCCUUCACCCCCUCCGUCCGCUGUCUGCCACUGGGAUGCGACAGGAUCUGUUCUCUGCUCCCGGCUGGUUUUAACAUCCACUGCUCUACAAGCCAACAAAUUGCUCAGUUUUCAGUUGUUUUUUUUUUCUUUUUUUUUUUCUCUUGAUCCUUUUUAAGUUUGAUGCUGUAUUAGUUUUAGUUUGAUAUACAUUAUAUAAAAUAUAUGAAUAUGAACAUCAA